AGCGUAGCGAAGCUGCGGAGGUCCGAACAAGAAAGCGCCAAACGACACUUCGUAGGGAUAGCAUCCGUAACAGCAACGAAACGACACUAUCCCGUCGAUCUCAUGCUUGUAACCGCUCGAAUCGGUUGUCCUCAGUUGACGCUUCUCAAUCCUCGCCCAAAGCAUCAGAGAAAGGGACUCGGAUUCUGGCUUCUGUGAAGAAGCAGUAACUGCGGGAAGCAACGGAGAAGAUGGGAGAUGACACAGAAGAUCCACAGAAACUGAAGCGGAUAGCAGCGGCUUCCUAUGACUACGAGAACGACCCAAGAUGGGCCGACUACUGGUCAAAUGUCCUCGUCCCUCCCCAUUUAGCCUCACGUUCGGAUGUCGUCGAACACUACAAACGCAAAUUUUACCGGCGCUUCAUAGAUCCUGAGCUCAUAGUCAAACCAAUGUCUACUAAUGGUUCUUCCCAGCCAUCACGACCUUCGACAACAGCAACAUCAUCUGGAAGAAAUGAGCAAGCUGCCUCACGAAACUCAGGAAGGGGAUCAACUAAUAGAACCUCAGGAACAUCUUCAACUACCGGUCCUAUCCCAUCUUCCUUGCGUUGGGGUCAUCAGACAAUUCAGUUUUCUGUUAAUGCUUGGGUUUUUGUUGUUGCUGUCCUUGCUGUCUUCCCGCUGGUACCUAGGAAUGUUUCACAAAGGGCAUAUCGACUUUCUUUUAUGGGCACAGCAUGCUCUUCUCUCUACUCGUUGUACUCACUAUAUGGGAAACCAAGAGCAUGGAAUUUCCAGGCGUUGCAAGUUUACUUUCAGUCAAUAAUUGCAACCAAGGAUUUUAUAUAUUUCAUCUACUGCCUCACAUUUGUUACUUCACAUCUAUGGCUUAAAUUUGCUUUGAUUCCCAUCCUGUGUUGGUCAUUGGAGCAUGUUGCCAAGUUCCUCAGACGUAAUUUCAGUCGUCCCACUUCGUACAGGAAAUAUUUGGAAGACCUUUGUGUUUGGGUGGAGUCAAAUAAUACUACUCUGGGUAUACUGACAUCGCAUGUGGAGAUUGCACUGGGCUUCCUUCUGAUCAUAUCGCUAUUCUCGUGGCAGCGCAACAUAAUACAAACAUUCAUGUACUGGCAGCUUCUGAAGCUCAUGUAUCAUGCUCCUGUUUCUGCUGCUUACCAUCAAAAUGUUUGGGCUAAAAUCGGGAGGGCUGUUAAUCCAUUUAUCAAUCGCCAUGCUUCAUUCUUGAAUACUCCAUUAUCAUCUGUACGAAGAUGGUGGUUCAGAUAGAAGCGAGGGAAGAUACAGUGGCAAGUAAUUCCAUCGAGAAAUUACUUGAUUGCCUGCCUUUCCCCCCCCCCCCCCCAAAAAAAAAAUCGUAGAAAGAAUGUCAGAUGAAGGAACUAGUAGCCCUUUUGAUCAUACAUGGAGCUGAAGUUUGUUCAUGUUCUCUUUUGUUUGAAAAUAAUGAUUUGAUUGUGGAUGGUGCUUUUACCCCGGAAUUGUGCAUGCCCAAUGUGUAGCUUCGAUCAAUGUCUCAAAUAAAUCCAUAUGUCCACUGAUCUGUGAUGUAUUGUCAAUUUGUCGUUCACAUGUGACAUGUCUUGAGUACUCAAACUAUACAAAAUUUUGUUCCAGGAAA